AUGGCCGCCCAAGCAGCCGCCCAAGCCGCCGCCAAAGUCGUCCCCGCCCAACUAGCCUUCCUCGCCAUUUACAAUCCCUGCCUGGGCCGUACCGACGAGACCUUUCGCGACCAGCUCGUGUUCUAUUACUCAAAGAACUCGCGACCGCGGCGCCGCGACGACGCCCAACCCGCAGACGCCCAUGACGACAGCGACGACAUCAACGAGCAGCUCCGCCAGAUCGGCCUGGCACAGGGCGUUGUGAACUUUGCCCAGAGCUUCUCCGAGGGCGAGCCCGUCGACCACGUCGACACCGAAAAGUCGCGAAUUGUUCUAUGUCCGCUGGAGGGGGAGUGGUGGGUGUUGGCGUCCAUUGACCUGACCCGCCUGCCCGCAUCGCAAACGUCGGCCAAAUCUCCCACGGACACGUCGGCCUCGACGCCGCCCCAGGCCAUAGAGUACUCGUCCCGGGAGGUCAGCCCGCCGGACCUGUUGCUCAAGCAGAUCCAGCGCGCCCACAGGGUCUUCCGCCUGCACCAUGGGCCGUCGCUGUCGGACCUGUUUGCACGCCUGACGCGCACAAAGUUCUGCAACAUCCUUGACAACUUCUGGUCACGCUUCGCGCGCACGUGGGAAGUCCUGCUGCACGGCAACCCGGCGACGGAUAUCUACGGAGGGAUCAAGCUUGCGGCUGGCGGGGAGCUCGGCAUGGGCGUGGGGGAGGAAGAGUGGGGCAGUGGCGAGCGGGACGUGUUCGAGGACUUUACCGCGCGCACCGACGGCCUAGUGGACAUGGUCGUGUCGCGCUUUGGCGAGCCCGCAGCGGAGGACGCGAAAAACGCCUCGGAACAGGCGUUGGCGGACGCUGACCCGUGGCUGGGCAUGGGCCGUGAGCCCGAGACGGACGACGGCGUCAUCUUCUCUGGAAUUGGUGCUAUCACGCGCCCCUCGCUGCGAGAUGUGUCGGCCUGGACCCAGUGGGUCUACACGUAUGGCGAGCGCGCGUACGGCGUGCGCGACAAUCCGAACUCGGACCGCAAACGCCGCAGACGCCGCAAUAACGCGAGCAAGAUGAGCAACAACCUGCAGUCUCCGACGCCGAGGGGCAACGGCCAUGCAAGAGAGCAGUCGGAGGGCAGCGUGCCAAGUAGAUCUCAGCAGCAGCAGAAAAGUAAAGCCCCUGGACUGCCUCCAGGGAUACCACCGCCCAUUGUCACUGCCGUGGAGAACUCGCUGGAUGAGGCGUCCACCGCCGCCGAUGCUUCGCAAGAGCAGCAGGGCGCGGGAAAGAGCCCGAGCCAAGGCGCAGGCUACGGCGAUACGCUGAUGAACUAUCUAACGCUAGGCUAUGGAUCCAGCUGGGGCGCAGGUUUGACCAGCAAGAAAAGCACGCCGCCACCGCCGUCCGGUCGGCCGCAGGAAGGCACACAAAACCAGAAGCAGCACGAGCACGACGAGCGCGAGAAGCCGGACCAAGCGGCGGGCGCGGGCAUGCAGCACCUGGAGCCUCAGCCGGACGUCGACCCGCGGGAAGAGGCCAUAAACACGCAGAUACGGCGUGAGAACAUCGGGCACUUCCUCGUAGGGUUGCAGGGCGACCUGGACAACGAAGAGCCAAACGAAGACGAAGUCAUGGGCCUCGAGACCGACGCUAGUAUCGGUAGCAUUGGCGGCGGUGAUUACAAUAGAAGGAUCAUGCUGCGCACGCUGCAUGUCAAGGUGCAGAAGCCAUCGGCCAGCCGUAACGGCGACAGCAGCAACCGCAACAGCAACGACAACGACGGGUCCUCCUCCGACACAAUCGCGGAGCUGCCGCCACAGCCGGCAUACGAGAAACUGCGCGUGGUAGUCUACGUCCACCGCCCCUUCAUAUUCACGUUCCUCUUCACGAACCGCACCGAAGUCCUCUCGUACGCGGCCUUCUACCGGCACAUCCACACGUUCCUCGCGCCCAUGUACAAGCCGCUCGCGCUAAGCACGUCGCCCGCCCGCGUCGCGGCCCGCAUCGCCGCCGCCGCGGACCCGUACACCACGGCUGCAGCGAGCUCCCAGCCCAUCUUCGACCUGGUGUACGACCCGCUCGCGCUGAGCGUGCACAGCAGCAUCCCCUCGAUCCCGGAACCCGGGACGCUGGGGGCCGAGGGCCUGGCCGGUGGCGGCGGAGGCGGCAGCGGGCACUGGGGCGGGGGCAGCGGCCGCGGCGGCGCGAGCGGCUACGCUAUAGGCAGGGGAGGCGGUGCAAGGGGCGCGCCCGUGUGGACCCGCGUCGAGGCGCUGAAUACCCACGCCCAGAUCCUGGCGACGGUCGCGAGUGCGCGCCGCACGCCUGCCGACGUCGAACGCACGGCUAAGACGAAUCGCGGGUGGUGGCUGGUGUGGAUGCGGCUGCCGCCUAGUAGGGCCGUAGAGGCCGAGGCAUGCACGACGUGUAGGGAUGGCUCUAGUGACGCGGGAGCGGGUGUCGGGGUGGAGAAGGAGAAGGAGAAGGAGAAGGACACGCGGACGGAGGAGGCGGUGCGCUCGCUGCAUCUGUCGCGGCAGUUGGAGUUGGACGGCGACGACGCAGGCGCAAGCGCAAGCGAAACGCCCUUCUCAGCAGCAUCAACAUCAACAUCGCCGCCCCCCACCCCCACACCCCCCAAGCACAACCCCCCCUCCUCCUCCUCCUCCCCAGCACACACCAACAUCCCGACCGCCCUCUUGCGCGAAGCGCUCCUAAUCCGGCGCUCGCACUCCUACACGCACUCGCACUCUUCCUCCACCAGCUCUGCCCACAACGCCACUUCUAACACCACCGGCGCCGGCGGGAGCAUAGGCGCGGGCACGGCGGCGCUUUGGCGGCUGGGUGUUGGGCUGGCUGGUGGUGGUGAGGGGGGAUGGGGUAAUGGGGGCAGUGGAGGGGGGAGUGGAAGGGGGAAUGGUGGUGGUAAUGGGGGGAGGGGCGUCGUCGAGGGCGUGGGAGUUGAUGCGCGCAGGUAUGUUGAGGGGUUGCUUAGUUUGAGUCGGUAG